AUGGAGGUUGCAGCAGGCGAAUUCUUUACACUCACAAACAUCCCCAAAAAAGGAGCUUCUGCUUCAUCACAGAGAAGAAUGUCGAUCUCGGAGCUUGCUUGCACUUACGCAUGUCUGAUUCUCAGCGACGAUGGCAUCCCCAUCACGGCUGAAAAGAUUACAACUCUUUUGAAGGCUGCUAAUGUGAGCAUCGAAUCUUACUGGGCAGGCUUGUUCGCCAAGCUUGCAGAGAAGAAGAACAUUGACGAUUUGAUCUUGAAUGUUGGUGCCGGUGGUGGUGGUGGAGCUGCUCCGGCGGUUGCUGCACCUGCUGCCGGUGGUGGUGGUGCAGCUGCUGCAGCUCCUGCCGCAGAGGAGAAAAAGGAAGAGCCAAAGGAAGAGAGUGAUGAUGACAUGGGAUUCAGCUUAUUCGAUUAGGAGCAUAUUUUUGAUAAUUUUUUGUUGCAAGAAUUCUAAUAUGCAUGAUUUCAUCUUGUUUUGUGGUUGGUUGCUCAAAAAGCAGUGAUUUUUGCUAUUCUUUUUAAAACUGUCGAUGUUUCUUUUAUGCAUAUGUUAAAACCAAAUUUUUAGGUUUAGUUUGGUAUUUAGUUGUGUUUGAUAUUC